AUGUCUGCUACUGUCCGUUCGCAUCAUCCGCCAGAUCCAACGCCGCCUUUGAAUCAGUCGUGUGAGAAUUGUCGAGCGCUCAAAGUCCGCUGCCUGCCAGACCCGAACAUUGCGCACCAAUGCCAACGUUGUACACGCACCAGGCGGACCUGUGUUUUUGCACACACUCUUCGACGCCAGCCCCGGAAAAAGACCGGAUCACGGGUCGCCCAGCUUGAGAAAGAUGUCCGCGAUCUACGCGCUCUGCUCCACGAGCAAAACGGGUCAAACACUGCUGCCGCUGCCGCCACUAUUGCAAGUCCCGUCUCGGAGACGAUCUCCGCUCGUGCUGCGGCAACAACACCCUUCGUCUCUGUCACCUCUGAUUCUGCUCGCAUUCAAGCUACCUCUUCGUCUGGUCCUCCUCGCCCAACCGUGACAAGUCCGACGGCCCAUUCCUCUUCCCAUGUAAGCACCACAGGUUCAAUAUUCAUGGGUUCUUCGGUUGGCUCUGGAGAUGUCGUCGAUCGAGGUAUUCUUUCUUUGGAGACGGCGCAAAUGCUAUUGUCCGUUUUCAUUUCUGAUCUUACCCAAUACUUUCCGGUGGUUGUUCUUCCAGAGGGCACGGAUGCGGACUUCCUACGCGGAACGAAACCAGUGCUGUUCCUGUCUAUCAUUGCAGCAGCUUCGCUGACGCUUGAAACGCCGCACGCGACCGCUUUACACGAGGAACUUCUCGCAGCCGUUGCGGGCCGAUUUUUCCUGAGGCAGGAGAAAUCGUUGGAGUUAGUCCAGGCCCUCCUCAUCAUGCUUAUCUAUUAUCUGCCUCCUAAAUCAGCCAUACACGGGCAGUAUUACCAAUAUACGCAUAUUGCGACUACUAUGGCGCUAGAGCUUGGAAUUGUGGCCGGUGCCGUUGGCCGCAAGAAUCAGCGCUGUCAUGCGGGCGAGGGUGAAUUGCCCGCAACGAUACACAGCGACCAGGCACGAGCCGUGCUCGGCUGCUAUCAUUUUGCAUCAAAUGUUGGAAUGCAGACACGUCGGCCGAACAUGCUCUGCUACAAUGCUGUCAUUGGCGGGUAUGUCAAACAUCUUGGUGCAUCACCCGGCAAUCUGGACCAGCAACUGGCGGCAUGGUUCGGGCUGCAGCGGAUAAUGGAUGAGACACUGGCUGCGGCAGGUCAUGACAACACCUUGACCGACACACCUAUGUUAGAGUCACAGAUGCUGCCGAUCCUUAAGUGGUUCGACACUCGUAUGCUGCAGUGGAAGAUAUCCACUCCCAAGGAAAUGCUCACGACUUGGAUGACUCUCGAAUACCAUUACCUUUACCUUGCGAUCCACGAACAAGCCGCCGGUGAAGGUUAUCGCGACCCCGAUGCACCGACCCGCAGAUACUACACCCUCCCACCACUCGAGGGCAACACAGAGCGACACAGGGCUAACGUGCCACUCAGCGCAGCGCGGGUGCAGAUAAUUACGAAGUGGAUGCUCUCCGCUCAGCAACUUCUCGACUUUUUUUUGCAGUGUGACGUGCCGACCAUGCGCAAACUCCCAAACAUGACAUACACACGGAUGAUCCUAGGAGUCUCGUCCCUUUUGCGUAUUUACUACAUGACCCAGCUUGGUCCUCUUAGUGAGGUCAUCACCCCGCAGAUGAUCAAUGUCGAUGAAUACCUAGAUCGUCUUUCGCAGGCACUAUCAGAGGCCUGCGACAACCAGAGGUUCCGCGUACCGAGCAAAUGGCACCACGUCGUGGCGGUCAAGAACCGCGAAUGGUACGAACAGCUACAACGACGAUUGGCCGCCUGUUCGGUUGAUAACUACUCGUAUCUGCGCGGGGUUUUUCCAUCUUCCACUUCCACAUCGGCUGUCCCCAGCGCAGCCCCUCCUGGGGUAUUGCCCUCGCUUGUGCCAGGGGCUGCGCCGGCUUACAUGGAGUCAUGGUAUGCAGAUGACCCCACUGCGAGGGCGGACGCUGCGAGGGGAAUACCGGCUGUGGGUGGCGGUGCAGCGCCGAUGCUGUAUCUCUCCCCGAUGCAGCCGGUCCCGGGAACAGUUGAAGGGGGCGGGCAUUUUGCGACUCCUGCAGGCCAUCCGGCGUGGCGGUUGGAUGAGUCACUGCCCGAUCUGUCUUUUCCGUAUUAA